AUGGCGGAGACUUUUGCAUUUAACGCGGACAUCCAGCAGUUGAUGAGCUUGAUCAUCAACACCUUCUACUCCAACAAGGAGAUCUUCCUGCGAGAGCUCAUCUCCAACGCCUCGGAUGCUCUGGACAAGAUUCGCUACGAAUCGAUCACCGAUCCAGACAAGAUCGAGGCGCAGCCCAACUUCUUCAUCAAAAUCAUCCCGGACAAGACCAAUUCGACCUUGACCAUCGAAGACUCCGGCAUUGGCAUGACCAAGAACGAGUUGAUCAACAACCUCGGCACGAUUGCCAAGUCUGGCACCAAAGCCUUCAUGGAGGCCAUGGCGGCAGGCGGCGACAUCUCCAUGAUCGGCCAGUUCGGCGUCGGCUUCUACAGCGCCUACCUCGUCUCGGACAAGGUCCGCGUCGUCAGCAAGCACAACGACGACGAGCAAUACAUCUGGGAGAGCGGCGCCGGUGGCUCUUUCACCGUGCAGAAGGACACCGAGUUGGUUCACGGCGAGAUCAAGCGUGGCACCAAGAUCAUCUGCUACCUGAAGGAAGACCAGUCCGAGUUCCUGGAGGAGCGACGCUUGAAGGAUCUGGUGAAGAAGCACUCCGAGUUCAUCGGCUUCCCCAUCGAGCUGUACGUGGAGAAGUCCAAGGAGAAGGAGGUGACGGACUCCGAGGAGGAAGAGGAGGAGAAGAAGGACGAGAAAGAGGGUGACGAGCCAAAGAUCGAGGAAGUGGAUGAGGAGAAGGAGAAAGAGGAAAAGAAAAAGAAGACCAAGACGCUCGGCGGACGAGUCGAUGAGUGA